GGUUGGAUGUUGGAUGACAGUUCUGAAAAAAUAACCCUUUUCUUGAUAUACGUUAUAAACAAAAAAUCAUUGAUCCAUUCAAUUUUGCCUGAUUUUGCUUUUGAUUUCAAAAGACAAACAGCAAGACACGCGCAAUUUAUUUUAAAAAAAUCCAGUUCCUCUAAUUUAUCUAAUUUCACAAAAUAACUGAAGCAAUAGCAGUGGUCAAAAUGCAACAAGAAAUUGAUGUUUCACCUGAACAAGACCGCGGAAUUUUAAAAGAAAUACUUGCUGAAGGAACUGGCGAAGGCGUAGCACCAAAGGGUUCUAAAGUAAAGGUCCAUUACACUGGUACACUCUUAGAUGGCACAAAGUUUGAUUCAAGUAGAGAUAGAAAUGAGCCCUUUGAGUUUGAUUUAGGAAAAGGUUCUGUUAUCAAAGGAUGGGAUUUUGGUGUAGCGACUAUGAAAAAAGGAGAAAGGGCUAUUCUAACUUGUACCCCAGAGUAUGCUUAUGGAGAAGCUGGAAGUCCACCAACAAUACCUCCAAGUUCUACUUUAAAAUUUGAUGUUGAAGUUUUAGAUUGGAAAUGUGAGGAUUUGAGUCCGAAACAUGAUGGUGGUAUUGAACGAUUGGAGAUUAUAACCCCGGGUGAAGGGUAUGAGACCCCAAAUGAACUGAGUCAAGUUGAAAUUCACGUUACUGGAAAAUAUGAGGAUAAGAUAUUUGACGAUCGUGACGUUACAUAUACUCUUUGCGAAUAUAGAUCAGCGAAUGUGGUAAAGGGUAUCGACCGAGCCCUUGUAAAAUUCAAGAAGAACGAAUGUUCUAAAUUGUUAAUUAAACCGAAAUAUGCGUUUGGCGACAAAGCUUUUACCAAUACGUUUAAUAUACCUUCCGAUGCCACUGUUGAAUACACAGUUACACUAAGAAAUUUUGAAAAAGCCAAGGAAAGCUGGUCUUUAUCGACAGAGGAAAAGCUCGAACAGUGCAGAAUAUUCAAAGACCGAGGAACUGCAAACUUUAAGGAGGGAGACUGUUCUACGGCCAUUUGGUAUUAUAAGAGAAUACAGAAUUAUUUAGCAAGUGAAAAAGAUAUUGAAGAAAAUUUAGAAAAAGAAAGAUUAGCUCUGCUAUUAGCUUCAUAUUUGAAUAUUGCCUUGUGCGAAUUGAAACUGAAAAAUUAUUUCAAAGCCAAAAAUGCCGCUACAAAGGCUCUAGAUAUAGACCCUCUAAACGUAAAAGCUCUAUUCAGAAGAGGUCAAGCCCUGUUACAACUAGGCGAAGCCCAAUCUGCAGCAGAAGACUUCUCCCAAUGUCUCAAACUCGAACCAAACAACACAGCUGUCAAAUCGCAACAGGCACUCUGCGGCAAAAUUUUAAGAGAACAGUUGCAAAAAGAGAAAAAGAUUUACGCGAACAUGUUCGAUAAGUUUGCCAAAAUGGAUACCCAGCGGGAGGAAUUCGAAAAGGAGAAACAGCCAAACGUAAUGAGUUGUGUGGGAGAAUGGGGUAAAGAAGACAGAGAACGAGAGCCUGGCGAAUUUGAAAAGGAAAAUCCAAACAUUUUGCUUCUCAAUAGCAGUGGAGAAUUCAAGGAUAUGUAGUACUUCAACAUUCUAACUUUACGUAACAUUAAAUGUGGCUUCUGUUCAUUCCCGCAGUGUUUUUCUUUAAUAAAUGUAUGCAUAAAUUAA